AUGGCUAUAAAUUUCAUCGUCGAAGCUUGGACAGAGCUUGGACUCGCCGUGGUUUCAAUUCUUCUACGUCUGUAUUUCCGGUACACGCAAGUUGGGCUGAGGAGUUUGACUUGGGACGACUAUCUUGUCGUCUUAGCAGGGAUAUUCUAUGCUCUCGAGACAGCCGCUGCACACAUUAUCGUCGCACUUUUUGCAGGAAUGGGUACCAACAACUUCACGCCUGAGCAGCGCAAAACUCUUGUUCCAGGGUCAGAUGUUUGGAAUCAGGCUGUUAACGGGUCGAAGACACAUAUUUUUGGAUGGUUUGUGUACACCGCUCUUAUGUGGACGUUGAAGAGUUGUUGGACAAUUUACUACUCGCGCAUGAGGAACGGGCUGAAGAGGGUGGAUGUGCGGAUUAAAGUGGCGUGGUUUCUCAAUGGGACGUCUUAUAUUGCGGCAGUGUGUAUGAUCGUGUUCAAGUGCUGGCCGCUACAUCGACAAUGGCAAAUCUAUCCUGACCCAGGUGAUAAUUGCUAUCCUGGAGCUUCCAAGUUGAAUGUGACAUUCAUCAGCGUCCUCAACAUCUCCACUGAUCUCUACCUAAUGGCUAUUCCUUUACCAAUCAUUUAUAGGGCUCAUCUAGACAUCAAGAGAAAAAUCUCCCUUAUGAUACUCUUCAGCGGUGGUUGGAUCGUCAUUAGCUUCGGCAUUCUACGAUGUGUAACUCUAGUGACGGUGGGCCCAACCGAGCCCUCCGAAUCCGGUCAAUGGUCCGUUCGUGAAUCAUUCCUUGCGGUUCUUGUCAGCAAUGCACCGAUGGUCUUCCCGCUUGUCAAAAGAUGGUCUUGCGCAGCCAUGGGCAUUGUAUCUACAACUCGAAAAAACAGCAAGGGCAGCUUUCCGCUUGAUGAUUUUAGCAAGUCUAGACAAAGCAAACGGACUGUUGAGAGAUCUCACGAGAGAACGUCGAGAGAACACCGAAUUAUGCACCCCUUGAGCAUACCAAAUGAUACUGCUUGGGGCAGCGAUGAUGCCAUCAUCACGGUAAACAAGGAAACUAAUGAGAAUUUGCAGGAGGAUGAAAGCGGGGCAACAGCCCUUGAAGUAGUAUCUGAAACAAGUGUAGAAUCUUUCGCGAAAGAGCGAAGAUCGCAAAUGGGAGGCAAACGCAGUAGUAGCCUUUCGCCUGGUGACAUUUUGAUGGUUCGCGAGUGGACAACAAGUGAAGGCCAGGCGAUUCCUGGACUUGAUAGGCGGGAAGUUCAAGUUGAGACGGUGGGGCCAGUUGGCAUGCCAGACUCAGUCGUGAGGCUUGAGGAUGUGAGAAGGGUUGAGGCUAUUGCAUGA